GAUGAUGCAUUGGAUGAGUUAAUAAGUAAAUAUGGAAAUGGUGACAGGGUCACAAUGUUUGGUAUCUGGAUAUCUGAUUCAAGUUAUGAAAUGAAUUUUGAAAGUCAAUGGAAUUUACAUGUUGACCCUGACAUCAGACAUAAUCCUUCCUACAGAGCUGUCACAAUUUCCAAGCAUG